AUGCAUCCGUCAUUGCGCGAGCCAUACCCUCGAUAUUCCCCAUCGCAGCAUGCAGGCCAGAAGCGAAAGCUGACGGAUCGGACGAGCGAUGCGCAACCGCCAAACAAGGCAUUGCAGCAGAGCUCAAAACCGCCCCGAGCCAAGGCUGCCGUUCCCCCGCAAGUUCCCAGCUUUGGAUUCUCGCUGCCGAUGCCACCCGUCACGAAACCAGAUGACAAGAAGCGCAAGGUCACGUUGGGGCUGUCGCACCAGGUUGCGCGGGAUGAAAGUAGCGACGAAGAGGUCGAUGAGGAGGCGACAUACUCUGAGAAGCUAAAAGGUGGAGGCUUCGCUUUCGAGCACGAGGGAGAAACCAUCACCAUACAAACCGGGGCUGAAGUAGCGGCGUGGAUCAAGGACCGCCGCAAAAACUUCCCAACACAGAAGCGCAUCAUGGAGAAGCAGGAAGAGGCUGUGAAGAAACGCAAAGCAGAGCUUGAUUUUCUGCGUAGGAUGCAAGGGAAACCGCCGAAAGAGGAAGAGCCGGCCGGCCUGAGUCAAUCACAGCCUCAGAAGAGCAGCGGUGAGCGCAAGCAUCAUGGCGUGAAGCACGAGACAGACAAACAGAAGAAGCAAGAGGAGCUGGCGGCGUUGCGACAAAAGUUACACGAGAGCAUGGUCAGGAAGCAGCCGGCGGCAGCAGUCGUAGACCUUGGGCUGGGUUACGACAGCGAGACUGAGUCGGACGAGAGCUCGGUCCUGUCCGAGUCGUCGGUAGUGUCGAGCUCAGAAGCAUCGGAAUCCGAGUCGGAUUCAGAAGAGAGCGACGAAGCACCAGAGGUCACGUCGUCCAAGGUGGCCCCGCCAGCCGUCAAAGUGCCACCGCCUCAGCCAGCGUCGUCGCGAACAGAAAGCAAGAGCAACAGGCUGUGCACCAACUGGAGGCGCAAUGGAAGGUGUCCGUACUACAGCAAAUGCAAAUACCAGCACCCUCCCAAGCAAGAGGACAACAAGCUCCCGGGCCUGUACGAGCGCAUGGUGGAACAGGAGCUUGUCAGGGCGGACCAGCUAGCGCUUGGUGCAAUCAAGUAUCUGGGGCAACACGGAUUCCUAGGAUGA